AAGAGAAGAGAAGAGAAAGAAAAAAGAAAAGAAAAAAGAAAAGAAAAAAGAAAAAGAAAAGAGAGAAAAGAGAGAAAAGAGAGAAAGAGAAAGAAGAAAGAGAAAGAGAGAGAAAGAAAGAAAGAAGAAAGAAAGACAGAGGAAGAAAGAAAGGAGAAAGAAAAAGAAAGAGAGAAA